AUGUUCAAAAAGCGUUCUCGCCCACAACCUCGCGCACGCAAAGCGCCGGCAGAAGACGACGAACAUUCUGACUCUCGUGAAGAGGCUCAGCAAGAAGUGGAGAAGCUAGAUGUAGCUGAGCUCAUAGAACUGAGAAAGCUCCGGAAGGCGCGCGAGGGGAUCAAUGUAGCGAAGCUCUCGACAGGAGACACCAAGAAAAAGCGGAAACGUCCAAAGGAGGAGGAAGAGGUCGCGUACGGGCUGCAACCUGGCGCGCCCACGCACGACGAUGACGACGAGGACGCGGAGGAUGCGGAGACCAAGACGAGAAAGGUGGUGCGCGCGAACAACUUCACACAGCAGACGAACGCGCUGGAUGUGGACAAGCAUAUGAUGGCGUACAUAGAGGAGAAUAUGAAGGCGCGAAGAGGUACUACAGAGAAGGAGGAAGAGGAGAGCGGACCGGCGGACCCGUACGCGGAGCUGUUCCGCCUGAACAAGACCGACAAGAAGGAAGAGGAGGGCAACGUGACGAACAGUCUCGCCAUGUUGACCGCCAUCCCAGAGGUGGAUCUUGGUAUGGACACUCGUCUCAAGAAUAUCGAGGAGACCGAGAAGGCGAAGCGUCAAAUGUCCGAGGCCCGGAGGGAGCGCACGGGGCAUGCACACGAUGAGGCACAUCUGGCUGCGGCCCGCUUCUACAGGCCGAACCUCAAGGCAAAAUCUGAUGCAGAUAUCAUACGGGACGCCAAGCUGGAGGCGAUGGGUCUGCGCCCCGAAGACCACGAACAUCGUCGGGGCAACUCAGAGAGGGCACAAAUGGCCACGGACGAGAUUGUGCGCCGCACUGUGUGUCUACUUUCACGAGAAUCGUCUAAUUUCUUUUCGCAGGUCAUGGAGCGUUUCAAGAAGAGGAUGCGGAAGUGA